AUGGGAGAAGCUGAAGGAGAAGGUGGUGGUUGUUCCAUCAGAGGCGGUGAUAUAUAUUGGGGAAGAAAGCAUGACACUGAUUUCAAAGGAAUUGUUGUAAUCUUUGCUUGGGUUUCAGUUCCGAAAACCCUUUUAAGGGAAUUCGUUGACCUUUACUCCUCUUUAGGUUGGAAUUCCCUUGUUUGUUAUGCUCAUUAUCUAUCCGCAUUCAAUAAGGAAAGCGCCGUGCCAUUGGCAUUUUAUGUUUUUGAUGAACUUAUCGAGGUGCUAAGGACUAGGCCAUGUCCUGUUGUAUUUGCUUCUUUUUCUGCCGGGUCAAAAGCCUGUAUGUACAAAUUAUUUCAGCUUAGUGAAGGAAGAUGUCCAGCUCCACUCAAUUUGCGAGACUGUCAAUUGUUUAGGAACUGUAUUUCCGGACACAUAUAUGACUCUGGGCCACUAGAUGUUACUAGUGAUUUUGGCUUCCGUUUUUCUCUUCACCCUUCGAUUGCAAAAGUGCCCGGCCCAUCAAAGCUUAUUUCUUUGGUAGCAAAGUCUGUUGCAUCUGGUUUAGAUGCUUUAUACUUGACUCGAUUUGAAUCCCAAUCAGCUGAACACUGGCAGGCUUUAUAUUCUUCUGUUAAUUUAGGGGCUCCGUUUCUCAUUUUAUGUUCGGAGAAUGAUGACCUUGUGAGAUAUCAAAGUAUCUGUGAUUUUGCGCAACGACUACGCUGUCUCAACGGUGAUGUCAAUCUUGUAAAUCUGAGAAACUCCUCCCAUGUUGGUCAUUACAAACACCAUCCAAUUCAAUACAGAGCUGCUGUGAGCCAUUUAUUGGAGAAGGCCAUGUCAACGUAUUCACGAAAAGUGAUACUUGAACGAGAAAGAACUGGUAUCGAUGGUACGCAUGACGAGAUAUCCGAGUUAAUCUGUGAUCUGCAGAAAGUUGCAACUAAUUCAAAUGAGAGCUUUAGAAGAGUUGCAGUGAGGCCAAGUGACCACUUCUUUUUGCCUAGCUCAGCAGAACAUACCAACAACGACAGAGAAUCUGGGAUUCCACGCGACGAACAGAAAGAAGAACCUGUCUGUGUUCCCAGCUUCCCAAGCAUCAGCGCUCACAGUGUCCUUGGGCAAUUUCUUUUCGACGUUUGUGUUCCUAAGAAUGUUGAAGGUUGGGAUGUGAUGUUUUGUGGGAAUCUAAAUGGGAGGACGCGUGCUUCAGUGUCUAGGAAUUCGCCUUCCAGAGGCAUUAAACGUAUUGGUCGCUCCAGGUUAUGA